AUGAACCAGAUACGCGCCAUCCAGGCGCUAAACAAAAAGGAAAUCGAAAACGGAAUUUCACCAGACGCGUCCUGGCAUGUCGACUAUCGUGACACCGCCUUCGUCUACUUCGGCGGCCUCCCGUACGAACUCUCAGAAGGAGACAUCAUCACAAUAUUCUCCCAAUUCGGCGAACCAGUGUUCCUAAAACUCGUGCGCGACAAAGAGACGGGCAAAUCCAAGGGCUUCGGCUGGCUGAAAUACGAAGACCAAAGGAGCACCGACCUCGCAGUAGAUAAUCUAGGCGGCGCUGAGAUUGGCGGAAGAUUACUACGUGUUGACCACGCCCGAUACCAAGCACGAGACGACGAAGACCAAGAUGAAUUCAAAAUUGGAUGGGAAGAUAUCCAGCGCAGGGAAGGCAAGGCCGUGUCCGACGACGAGAGCAUUCCCGAAGAGAUCCAGAGACCGAUGCUGCCUGAGGAGAGAGAGCUGGCUCUAUUAAUGAGAGACCAUGACGACGAUGAUCCCAUGAAGGGAUUCUUGAUUGACGAGAAGAAGAAAGAGGUGGAGGAGGCUCGGCGAAGAGCUGACAGGAAAGAGAAGCCGGACAGCCAUAGGCAUCACAGACAUCACAAGUCAAGACGAGAUAAGGAAGACGAUGGUCGGCGCGAGAGAUCACGGAGAGAUGAACCCUCAGGAGAGAAAGAAAAGCGACCGUCAGAUGGCGAGUCAAGACGAUAUCGACACCGAGAUGAUUCCAGAGAGCGUCAUAGGAGGCACAGAGAUUCACCCCGACAAGGCUCACGGGAACGGGAAAGACGGCGGGACAAGAAGCCCGAAGACGACAGGAGGUCCCAUAGAAGAGACGAUGAUCGCGACAGACACAGGAGGCGGAGAGAAGACGACGACGACGACGAUGGUAGGAGAAGGUCGCAGCGCAAGAGCAGAAGCCGAUCUCCUCGGCGUCGUCAGAAUUAG